AUGCCAGCAGCCACAGCUCACAUAUAAAUCAGGUCAUCAGGGAGAAAGAAGAAAUCAAAACAAUUCAAGUCACCCUCAACCCAGAUCCGCCGGAGAAAACCAGAUUACUCGCCGGUGAAGCUCUUAUUCCUAGACAUUUCCCGGCAAGGCCUCGCCUACGAAACAACAUGCACAAUCGAACAGCAUCAAGGAGAAAGGUCGAGCUAGUCGACUCGUGUUUAGAAGAUAGAAAGCAAGAGAAGGACAAGGAGAAGAAGAAAUUCGAGAGGCGAUUGGUGAAGUACGACGACCUGCCGGAGUAUCUUCGGGACAACGAGUUCAUUCUGGACUACUACAGAUGCGAGUGGCCGCUCAAGGACGUGUUCUUGAGCGUCUUCUCUUGGCACAACGAAACCCUCAACAUUUGGACGCAUUUGGUAGGAUUCUUGAUAUUCGUCGGAUUGAUGGUGAUGAGCUCCAUGGGGGAGCAGCUCGGAGGAUUGAUCACGAAUGUUUCCAGAGCACGGGUUUCUGGACAGUUAAUGACGCCGAUGAUCAAGGAUUUUAACGGCUCCGAUCAUGACAUAUUUCCGGACUCACAGUUGAGGCACAUUUCUCACCAAUCAGAUUUCCAAGUACAAGAAGUUAAUGGAUAUGAGGUCAUUCCAAAAUGGCCCUGGUUUGUUUUCUUGUCUGGUGCCAUGGGUUGCUUAGUGUGCAGCUCCCUCUCUCACCUCCUAGCUUGCCACUCCAAACGCUUUAACCUCUUCUUCUGGCGCCUAGACUAUGCCGGUAUCUCUCUUAUGAUAGUCUGCUCCUUCUUCGCUCCCAUCUAUUACACCUUCUACUGCAACCCUUAUUCACGGCUGUUUUACCUCACAUUCAUAACUGUCGUUGGUAUUCUUGCCAUCAUCACCCUGCUCGCCCCAGCUCUCUCUUCCCCUCGUUUCCGAUCCUUUCGAGCCACGCUGUUCCUCACCAUGGGUUUCUCAGGGGUGGUUCCAGCAGCACAUGCAGUUGUCCUCCACUGGGGCCAUCCACAUGUAUUUAUAUCCCUCAGCUAUGAGCUUGUAAUGGGCUUUCUGUACGCUGCAGGCGCUGCAUUUUACACCAGUAGAAUUCCAGAGCGAUGGAAGCCUGGUACCUUUGAUAUUGUAGGACAUAGCCACCAGAUUUUUCACGUGUUUGUUGUUCUAGCGGCAAUUGUUCACAGUGUUGCCACACUCAUAAUUAUGGAUUUUCGGCAGGGAUCACCGACCUGUGUGUAGUAGGCAUAACUUGGACAAUUAGACUAGCCAGGAAAUUCUCUACAUUUGUUUUCCCCCGUUUGGCUAAAAAUUGUAGCCCUACAUGUUCAACCUCAAUUGCAGAUGUUUUCUAGUUGUUUGUUGGCCAAUAUUUUACGGAAUGUAUCGAAUAUGCAUGUUGGAAACAGUUGGUUCAAAAUAGAAUCCACACAAGAAGCUCAACCCAUUGAACAAAAGAUCAAAAUUUGA